AUGACCGCCCAGGUGAAGGGCCGCAUGUGCGGGGCAUUGACCGCAUCUGCUCAAGCGCAGAAGCGAGAUGGAAGACCGCAGAAGCGGAACCUUGAUAUUGUCCUAACUGCUGAAGAUUACAAAUUUGUAAUCGCUGAAGAGUGCCUAGAAAAACCUGAAAAUGCUACUGAUGAUAAGCAUCAAUCCAUGGGGUCUGCUUAUGAUAUGCUCGAAAGUCUCAAAGAGAUGUUCGGUGAGCAAAAUCGUGUAGCUAAGCAGACAUCCGUGAAAGCCCUUUUAAACACCAAGAUGGUUGAAGGAUCAUCGGUCAAGGACCAUGUUCUGAAGAUGAUGAGCCUUCUAAAUGAACUAGAGGUCCUUGGAGCUGUGAUUGAUAAGGAGUCUCAAGUUGAGAUGGUCCUGCAGACUCUGCCUGACAGUUUUCAACAAUUUUGCUUGAACUAUAAUUUGAACAAAAUGGAUUUGUCACUAGCGAAAUUGUUGAAUGAGCUGCAAGUGGUAGAAUCUAUUAUCAAACAACAAGCUCUAGUAAUGGCACUCAAUGUUGAGAAAGCUUCAGUUUCUAAGUUGAAAGGCAGUAAGAAAAAGAAGAAGGCUCAAAAAGUUUUGGCACCUGGUGGUGCGGCUGGUGUGAAAAAGCCCAAAGGCAAGUGUUAUCAUUGCAAGCAACCUGCAUCACAAAAAGCAAUGCCCUACCUAUCUGGCAAAGUUGAAUAA